GACAUAUGUAAUCUGCUCAUCAUCGCACAUUUUACUUUGAUUCAUUUCACUUUGUGCUUCUGUUUUCCUCUUGGCAUCAUAGAAAUCAGCUUGGAGCCUUUCCAUCUGCUAAAUGACUCCUAAUGUAGGAAGUUGCAGGUCCUGGCUGGCUGCUUCCUCCUCAGUUUGAAAUCUACUCGGUCAGAAGCAGAUCAGGAUCUAAUUAGUGAACUCAUCCUGCUGAGUGUUGAUCUUCUGGUUCUGGGCUGGUUCCUGUGAAGGGCCACUAUGCUAGACUGGUUUGGACUGGAAAGCACAGUGGAACUUGUUCCAGUUUUUUCCUAUUUGACCUCCUCUUCAGCGUUCUGUUUGCCGGUUGAUUCCUGGGUUUGUCCAUGUUGCUGAACAGACAUCUACCCAACAAGCGAGUGCAGAAAAACCACUACCUGUGUCGUGUUGGUAAGAGGUGGCUCAGUUAAAUCUAAAAUCAAACCCAUUUUGUUUGCUCACGGUUUGAUUUUCAAACUUAUAGUUUGUGUGAAAAAGACCACUAUUAGAUCAGUGCUUGUGUGUGCAGCUUUUACAUUUUUGUGUGUAUUUUCCAAGGCGCGCUGUGAUUUUAGAUCAACAAGAAGCAUGUCAGGACCUUGUAUUGAAACAUGUUUGAGCAGACUAAAGGCUUUGUUUUGAGUUUGUCCAUAUGGAGGAAAGAGUAUUGUGCGGGUGGGCAGCUGGUGCUGUGCUUCUUAACCUCCUUAACUGGGUGAUUAGCGGCUUUACUUCUAAAUCUGGAGGCGGAACCUGUUCCUGUCCAUGCUGAGCUGUGCUUUGUAUUAUCACUGUCCAGUUUUAAUGAGCGUAAUUAAUUAGUUUCCUUCUGUGCCCUUGUUUUACUUCCCCUCAUUAAAGCGGUGGAGCACAGACUAACUGUUAUAUUUUGCAGUUGAUACCACAUGAUACCUUACUGGUGUUUCUGUCUUGUAUUGUUUUAAAUCAGUAAGGAUCACACACACAUCAUUUCCAGGAUUUAAAUCGUAAUGUUCUGUGUGGUUCUGUGGAGUGAAGCUCAGUUCAAACCACCACAGAUCUGCAAGUUUUCACCAGAUGGGCACAAAUUGCAGGUAUGCAUAUUUUCUUCUCGUAAAUCAGACUGUGGAUUCAGAUGGUUUUGUAACCCUGUAAGACGUCGUGAACCUCGUAGGUAGAUGCGUAUGAAACGAUCCGUGGUGUGGAAAUCAGGGUUGGUAAAUCAGAAUGUUUUGUUGUGAACAAAUGUUGCCUCCUUAUAAACCAAAAUGUCUGAGAAUUUUAUCUUCGUGCAUCGACACGUAAGAAUUUAUAAGAGUGUUUUAAAAGAUUUGCUCUCAUAAAAAUAAUUACACAAUGUUAUCUGUUAAGGUCUGUUUACAGAUACGCGGCAAAAAAACUCAGCUGACGACAAAAAGACAAAAUGUAUAAGACUGGAAUGCUUAAUUCUUAACCUGUCAAGUUUUUGGAAUUUUUUCUUUUGCUUCUAUAAGUUUCCUCUUGAUUUUACAAUUUACUUUAAGUUGAAAACCACUUUCAUGGCAGCAGCUGCAGCUGUGAGCAUAGAUGGUUAUAUUUCUCUCUCUUUGUCUCCUGUUUCUGGACCAUUUCUCUGCUCUGUUUUCGUUGUGUGAGGAGUGACUUCCUGUCCAGUUGAGGCAGAGGGAGUUCAACUGGGAUCAUUGAUCGUCGUCUACAGUUUAUUCCAUUCUCCUAAACUGUCAAAAAUAAUUCCAUCCUCUGUUCCCCAGUUUUUUUUCUCACUUUAUGUCUUCCAUCUUUCAGAAUGUCUCCAGCAGCCCUGCCCCACCCCCUCCAGGACGUCUCCUCCGUCUUCUGACCGCAUCGCCUGCAGCGUCAUCACCUACCUCGGAUCCUGUCGAUCUGACUGAGUUAGAUUCAGAUCCUUCUCAUGCUUUGAAUCUAUUCAUCAAAUAGUGUGAAAGCCAAUUGUGUGCAACUGACUAUUAAAUACAGAGGCAACUGUUUUCUGAUUCUUUCAUUUGUGACUUCCAACACCAACUUUCAUACAUGUUAGUUCACCUCUGUCCUCUAGGUGGCGGCAUUGUGCCUAGUUUUUCAGGUUCCACAAACAACAACCCUGAAACAGAAGAGAUGAAGCCAUGAAAGGGAGCUGACUAAGAGAACAUCAUGAAUCCUCAGACCAUCAUGCUGACGCAUAUGCAACAACAUUUAGUCAGUGGAUGACUUCUCUAGACAGGAUGUUGCGGUGGCUGGUGUGUGGUCGGCUGGGACCAGUUUGGAUGUGGAAAGCACUUCUGCUGUUUCUGGCCAUUGCUUUUGCUGGUCAGCUGCUGGGAGUCAUCUUCAACAAAAGCAAUGUCCAGCCAGCUGCACGAUCCAUCUUUUCUUCCCCUGAUGCUCAGGGGCCAUCUCUGGGUUCCUGUCAGCCCCACACUCACAUCAUGUUCCUGAAGACCCACAAGACGGCCAGCAGCACGGUGCUCAACAUGCUGUACCGCUUCGGAGACGAGCACAGCCUCCGCUUCGCCUUGCCGUUGGGAUACCAGCUGGGCUACCCGCUGCCCUUCAACGCUCACCGGGUGAAAGGCUACCGAGGUCCCAGAGCCAUUGAGUUCCACAUCAUGGGGAAUCACAUGAGAUUUAAUAAGCCGGAGGUGGAGAAGGUAAUGCCUGCAGACACCUUCUACUUCUCUAUCAUCAGAGACCCAGUCUCUCUGGCUGAGUCUUCCUUCGCCUACUAUAAAGAAGUGGCCCCGGCCUUCCGGAAAGCCAAAGGAUUGGGGGAGUUUGCGGAUGACCCUAAAAAAUUUUACGACCCUCGUCUACGAAACAACCACUACGCCCGCAACCUGCUGUGGUUUGACUUUGGCCUUGACAACAACGCCAAUUUCUCUUUGGCGCUGGCUCGACUCGGAGAGGACAUGAUCCGGCGGACCUUCAAGCUGAUUCUUGUCUCUGAGUACUUCGACCAGUCCAUGAUCCUGCUGAGACACGCCCUCUGCUGGCCAAUGGAUGCAGUCGUCUUCUUCAGCCUGAACGCUCGGCAGCAGAAGCCCAGCAGUGCUGGUGGGGUGGCUGAGUCGUGGGUGGGCAAAGCAGCAGCAGCCGCAGCUGGUGUUGGUAUUAGAGGUGGGCUUGUUCAAGCAAAGACGCUACCGAACCUUUCCCUAACGCCGGAGCAACGGGAAAAGCUCAGACAGUGGAAUGCCUUUGAUUGGUACCUAUACAAAGUCUUCAACAAAACCUUCUGGGAGGAAAUUGACAAGUUUGGCCAUGCUCAGAUGGAAAAAGAAGUCCAACUCCUCAGGAUGCGUAGGGAAGACCUGGCCCGGGUGUGCCUCAGGGACGGGGGGAAGCCUGUGGAAGCUCAUCGGAUCCGGGACAAAAACAUUAGACCAUUUCAAAGUGGAUUAGUUAAAAUUCUGGGUUAUGAGCUCCAGCCGGGGCUGGACAAUACCACUCGGAUGUCGUGUCUGAGGAUGAUCAGGCCAGAGAUCCAGUACAAGGAUGUGUUGGAUUCUAAGCAGUUCCCGCAGUUCCACGCCAUCCCAGCUCAGCAACAGAGUCAGAGGCUGCUGGUGGCCGUUGGUGGAACCUUUCUAAAACAAGAGCCACCCAGGAAAGGAAGAAAAGAGACGGGAGGAGAAGCUGGAGCUGGAGGAAGGACUUUGGAGGAGGGAAUGAAAGCCUGGGAAGGCAGCCGUUUAGUUAGGAACAACCAGACUUUGGUACGAGAGCACGAAAAAGGAAGGCUUAGAUAGGAACCUUUCGUUUUCUGUCUCUGGAAGCUUGAGAUGACUUUGAAAUGGACAAAUACUAGUUUUGUUUACCUGUGUGAAAACAACAAGCUCUUCUAUUUUGACUUGUUUUCGUAAAUAGUAUUAUAGUUGUAGUUAAUGUGGUCAUCAGAUGUUUCAAUAGCAGCAGUCACUAGGGCUGGGCGGUGUUUGCUUUUGAUCAAAUUUAGCCUUCCUGUUAACACUUCACUGUCUGCCUGGAAAGACUGUUCCAGGCAUUUUGAGAUGAUAUCAAUGAAUGAAUGAAUGAAUUACCAUUCAACAGCCCAUAUUGAUCUGUCAUCACCUCACAAAACAAAAUCAUUGAACAUAUGAAAAAACAGUAUUCAUCACACUAACUCCUAUAAUUACUAGUCAGCUCUGCUUCUGCUCGCUCCUCCAUGGUGUGCAGGUAAUUAAAGCAGCAGUGUAUUAUUUUAUCAUAAAAAUGCCUUGAGAUUGGUUUGGUUAGCUUGAACACGUGCUCACACUUUGGUCAUGCAGUGAGUUGAAGAUGAUUUUUUUUUCAUCACAGUCUGUCUGUAAUCUCUGCCGUUCAUCUUUUAAAGGGACGGUUUGGGGUUUAAAGCAGGGGUUCACUGACUGACCAGCCAACCCAUCUGCGCUCUACAAAGGUCUGAAAAUCAGCCACUGUCCUCGUUGCUCUGCUGUGAGAGACUGACUGAGGCCACGGCUUAACUUAGAGACUUUGUCGCUAUAUUUAGUGGCGUUUCAGAUCCCUUAUGUCAGUAUGGUUUUUUGGCCCAAAGAAAAAACAAAAAAAACAAAACAGUGACUAAUGUAGUUCCUUUGUUAUCGGAGACUUUGGUGACAACUGACAGUGUCAGUCAUUAAAAAGAAACCAGCACCGUAAUCAGGUCAGGCUGGAAAACUGCAGCUGCAGUUUACAGUAACUGCAUGGUCAGACUAACAGCCAAUCAGAGGGGAGCUUAGACCAAUCAGAUUACUUCUUGCCAGACAUUGUAUAGUUGUUCACGGAAAAGCGGUUUAAUCAGGAACAUGACUAUUUAAAUAACCGUUCGGUGGUAAAAGCUGCAGAAGUGUGAAAAACCGGAUUCUCGAGUGCUUCCUGGAAACACCGUUUGUUAUUUCUUCAACCUGUAAGCGUUUUACUCAAUCUUAAUAACUCACAGAACCUCACUCUAGACCACAAAAGCAAAGCUCCAGUUUUUGAAUUUAACUGGAGUUUCUUGGUGUUUAGUCACUGCAGCUUAGAUCUCCUUUAACCAUUCAACGGUUCAGGCCUGUGGUUUAUGCAAAUGAUCCUAAACCUUUAAACCACACUUGUCUGAGAGGUUUUUACAUCAUUUCUAUACAUUACAAAAUAUUUUUAAAAUAACCAUACACAGGAAACCCAGAAUUGUAUCAGAACGAGAAGGGAAAGUGUUGUAAAAAUACAAACAAAUUAAGUCGCGUUCGACUUUUGAGCAGAACUCGGUUGAACCUGAGUGGAACAAUAAAUUGUAAUACGCUGAUCACUCAUAACUACUCCACAGAACCCUACUUUUAAGAUAUCUGAGCUGUCCUGUUUAACUGCAGAAUUCACGAGUGAUAAAAUCUUCAGGCAUGAUAUGAAGAAGCCGCACAGCAUGACUACACAAUACAGUAUGUUUACCGGAGCACAGCCCACUUUAACUUCCAACCCAACUGUUUAACUCCCAUCCAAAGUGGUGCUCUGGUCAUUUCUGAACGACAUCACCACCCAGCCCUAGCAGGAAUAUCAAAAAGCUGUGUAUUUUGUCUGUUUUCUUGUUUUUUACAUGAACUUUUAAAAUCUUGGUACUGCCUUUUAUUGUAUAAGAGAACCGGCACUGUUCCUAGAGCCUGUUUCCUGGUUGUAAGAGUUUUCAUAUUAAGCUUGAUGUAAUGUGCAAGACUUUAUAAAAUAUUCCCUCCCCUCUCA